GACAUCGAUAGGAACAAAUGAAAUACGGCAACGUCACGCACUUCUAAAGUGGAAAGAGACUAUUCAUUCGGCGUUUUGAAACUGAAAAUUUACUAUUAUACAUUAGAUUUGUGUUAAAAUGGCAGACAACAAGAGCCCCGAUGAUUUAUCCACCGCGAUCCUCCGCCGCAAGGACAGGCCGAAUCGUCUCAUCGUGGAAGAAGCCGUCAGCGAUGACAAUUCCGUUGUGGCAUUAUCACAGGCGAAAAUGGAGCAAUUGCAGCUGUUCAGAGGUGACACCGUUCUCCUGAAAGGCAAACGUAGGAAAGAAACUGUUUGCAUUGUGCUCUCAGACGAUAAUUGUCCAGAUGAGAAGAUCCGUAUGAACCGCGUAGUGCGGAACAACUUGCGCGUCAGGCUGUCUGAUGUUGUAUCCAUCGCUCCAUGCCCAUCUGUCAAAUACGGCAAGAGAGUACACAUCUUGCCUAUUGAUGACUCCGUGGAAGGAUUAACUGGAAACCUGUUUGAAGUAUACUUGAAGCCAUACUUCAUGGAGGCAUACCGGCCCAUCCACCGCGAUGACACUUUCAUGGUGCGCGGUGGUAUGCGCGCUGUCGAGUUCAAGGUGGUGGAGACGGAUCCCUUGCCGUACUGCAUUGUGGCCCCCGAUACCGUCAUACAUUGCGAGGGUGAACCCAUCAAGCGUGAGGAGGAGGAGGAGGCUCUGAACGCGGUGGGUUAUGACGACAUCGGCGGGGGCCGCAAGCAGCUGGCGCAGAUCAAGGAGAUGGUGGAGCUGCCGCUGCGGCACCCCUCACUCUUCAAGGCUAUCGGUGUGAAGCCUCCUCGUGGUAUCUUGAUGUACGGCCCGCCAGGUACCGGCAAGACCCUCAUCGCUCGCGCUGUGGCUAAUGAGACAGGUGCAUUCUUCUUCUUGAUCAAUGGUCCGGAGAUAAUGUCAAAGUUGGCCGGAGAGUCGGAGUCCAACUUGCGCAAGGCUUUCGAGGAGGCGGACAAGAACUCUCCGGCGAUCAUCUUCAUCGACGAGCUGGAUGCCAUCGCGCCCAAGCGGGAGAAGACACACGGCGAGGUGGAGCGCCGCAUUGUCUCCCAGCUGCUUACAUUGAUGGAUGGUAUGAAGAAAUCGUCUCACGUGAUCGUGAUGGCGGCGACGAACCGGCCGAACUCUAUCGACCCCGCGCUGCGCCGCUUCGGCCGCUUCGACCGUGAGAUAGACAUCGGCAUACCGGACGCCACCGGCCGCCUCGAGAUACUGCGCAUACAUACUAAGAACAUGAAGCUUGGUGAUGACGUCGAUCUUGAACAGAUCGCGGCGGAGUCUCACGGGCACGUGGGCGCGGAUCUGGCUUCGCUGUGCUCGGAGGCGGCGCUGCAGCAGAUCAGGGAGAAGAUGGACCUCAUCGACCUCGAGGAUGAUCAGAUCGACGCGGAAGUUCUCAACUCUCUCGCUGUCUCUAUGGAUAACUUCCGUUACGCGAUGACGAAGUCGUCCCCGUCGGCGCUGCGCGAGACGGUGGUGGAGGUGCCGAACGUGACGUGGUCGGACAUCGGCGGGCUGCAGAGCGUGAAGCGCGAGCUGCAGGAGCUGGUGCAGUACCCCGUCGAGCACCCCGACAAGUUCCUCAAGUUCGGCAUGCAGCCCUCGCGCGGAGUGCUCUUCUAUGGACCUCCGGGAUGCGGUAAGACUCUGCUGGCGAAGGCGAUUGCUAACGAGUGUCAGGCCAACUUCAUCUCAGUGAAGGGUCCGGAGCUGCUCACCAUGUGGUUUGGUGAAUCUGAGGCCAACGUGCGAGAUAUCUUCGACAAGGCUCGGUCAGCGUCUCCCUGCGUGUUGUUCUUCGACGAGUUGGAUUCUAUCGCGAAGUCCCGCGGCGGCUCGGUGUCGGACGCGGGCGGCGCUGCUGACCGCGUCAUCAACCAGAUCCUCACAGAGAUGGACGGCAUGGGCGCUAAGAAGAACGUCUUCAUUAUUGGCGCCACCAAUCGUCCGGACAUAAUCGACCCGGCGAUCCUGCGGCCGGGCCGCCUGGACCAGCUCAUCUACAUCCCGCUGCCGGACGAGAAGUCGCGCGAGGCCAUCCUGCGCUCCAACCUGCGCAAGUCCCCCAUCGCCAAGGACGUCGACCUCUCCUACAUCGCCAAGGUGACGCAAGGGUUCAGCGGCGCGGACCUUACGGAGGUGUGCCAGCGCGCCUGCAAGCUGGCCAUCCGGCAGGCCAUCGAGGCUGAGAUACAGCGGGAGCGCACCCGCCAGCAGCAGACGCCCGCCGCGGUCAUGGACAUGGAUGAGGAGGACCCAGUGCCGGAGAUCAGCCGCGCCCACUUCGAGGAGGCGAUGAAGUUCGCGCGGCGCUCCGUCUCCGACAACGACAUCCGCAAGUACGAGAUGUUCGCGCAGACGCUGCAGCAGAGCCGCGGCUUCGGCACCAACUUCAGGUUCCCGAGCAGCGGCGGCGCGGCGGGCGGCACCGGCACGUCGGGCGGCGACCAGCCCACCUUCCAGGAGGAGGGCGGCGACGACGACCUCUACAGCUAAGCGGCGCCUCCCCCGCAUAGCGCAUACAACUACUUAAGAAUUAUCGGUUCAGUGAUGUUUGGGUAGCGGGCUUUCAAACAAUCCCCCCCCCUCCCCCACCUCAACCUUUCCACCACAAUUUAAAACAAUACAAAUUUAAAAGUACCUUUUUCUUAAAUCGAAAUUAAAUCUCAUUUGAAUUAUAUUGAAACUGAAAGCCCCGCUUGGGAAUCAGAUAGUGCACGUACUCCGGCGUCGGCUCGUCUGCGUCUAUUCAUCGCCAUGAGAGUAUUUAUUGAUCGAUUUAGUUCUGGUCCGCUUUAGUUUUCGCGCCGACCGUCGUUACCGCCGUCUGAUAGUAGGAUACGUCGCUCCGCCGACAUGUGUAACGCAGUGAUUUUUGAAUAAAUAAAAAGAUUUUUAUAGUCUA